AUGUAUUCAAAUGCUAUUCCUAAUAUUCCAAUGACACCAUUAUUUAACAAUAAUAAUGAAUGGCCUCCUCUUCAACCUGUUGGAUUGGGAAAUAAUUUAGGCGGAGGAUGGAAUACUUUUGGUACUUCAAAUGUUUCUGGAAAUAUUAAUAGUGGAAAGAUGUUACCAUUUCCUCAAACACAACCACCUGGUUUUAUUUCUAAUAUUCCAAUGACUCAAUUAUUUAACACAUAUAAUGAAUGGCCUCCUCUUCAACCUGUUGGAUUGGGAACUAAUUUAGGUGUUGGAUGGAAUACUUUUGGUACUUCAUAUGUUUCUGGAAAUAUUAAUAGUGGAAAAAAUACCUAUACUCGUCCACCAUCAAUGCCAAUUGAUCAAUUUUUCCAUAAUUCUGCUCAUGUUAUUGUUUUACUUGGACUAUUUCUUCGUUUAGAACAAUAUGGAGAAUUACUUAUUGAAAUGGAUCGUGAAAAGACAAAACAAUUACUUCGAAUGAUUUUGGACAUACAUUCAUGGAUUACGUGUAAAGUUUCAAAUUUAUUUUUUUAAAUCGUUAGAAUUGCCGGUUCGGAAUCAAACCGAAAACCCUGAUGAUUUGUUGGGUUGCUUCUCCGUUUCGGUUUUGGGGGUUUUAAAAAUUUUCGGGGUUCCAAAGGCCAGAUUUAUAAUGUUUUGGUAAUCGGUAGUUGCGGACUGAAAUUUGCGGACAUUCAAUAAACCAUUAAAUAUCGACCAUAAAUUGAGUUUAUGUGAAGUGAAUAGUCGAUUAUAGGCCAAUUUAUUAAAAAAUAAUCCAAUUU